UCUUCUUUUUUUUUCUUAACUUCAUUUACUGCUCUCUAUGUUCUUGACCAGCCUCCGUGGUCAUGGGGCUUCCACCACCAAUAAAAUAUCCAUUUCUUUCGGUCGAGCGACACUCGCGCAAAAUUCAUUGCUCACCGCAACAGCACACCUUAAGCACAUCAUGAAAAUGCAUUAAGAGAAUAUUUUAGAAUUCCACCCAAAAUGUUGUAAAAUGGAAUGCCAUCAUCUAAGGAAGGGGCCAAGAGACCACGAAGAAUCUCUCUCCACAAUAUGUGUGAAACCGUUGCCCCAAGAUUUCUUCGCGUCUUCUGUACACACGUUGGGAUCUCUUGGUGAAAUAGAUAAGCCUACGGGGAGAAGCAAAGAAAACAUUAAGAUGGCCCGUUCAGGCAGGUUUUUUUCUCUCAUUAAUUUAAUUUAAUAUAUAAAAAAAGUAUUUGGCUAGGCGCUCUCUAGUGCUCUCUUCUUGGGGAAAUUAAAUCUAAUUAAUGGGAAGAGAUCACUUAUGGGCUUUUUUUUUUAGUUAACACCAUCAUAUCCCCACCUCUGUGUCACCAUUAAUCACUCAAAGAUUGUUAAGAAAAGUGUUUUGCCAAUUUAAAAGGGGUUUGUCAUUGAGGAAAGUAGGGGUCCAGUGUAAAAUAUAAUUAAUUUAUUUUUCGUAGUUAGAGAAAAUCAAAGAGUAAAAUCUAUGAGAAAAGAUCUUACAAGGGACUUUUCAUUCAGAACAAUGAGGUUCAUUUCUUACAGGAGAAUUUUCUAAGAAUAAGUAUUAGAGCCGAAAUUUUACUAGAAAUGUGUUAAAAUAAUAUUUAAUUUAGCAUUAGUUGUUCAUGGGAGUGUAAAAUAUAGCUCGUGUUUUUAUGUAAAAAUUAAAUAUUAUUUUAAUAAAUUUCCAGUACAACUAAAGCUCUUAAUAUUUUUUAAAUUCUCCUAAAAAAGAUUAAUCUCAUCAAUUCUGAACAAAAUGUGAUGUGCCCUUGUUAAAAUAGAAAACCAUUAUAACAGAAUUAUAAUUUAAAAAAAGUUAAACUUCUGAAUGAAUCUUCGCUGAAUUUUAAUUUUAAAUAAAUGUAUAAACAAAAAAUCUCCAUUUUCAAGAAAGAAUAUUAAAAUUCAUUUAACCAAAAAAAUAAUUCUUAACUUAAUGAAAUAAUUACCCCCUUAAUUCAUACGAGAGCAGCGAGAGUCCCCUUUGUAAAUCAUACUCACGCUUUAGCAAUAAUAAUGUCUCUGAUGGAAUAAAACAAAGAAUGAAGAGUUCUAGGGGGAAUUUAAAGUUCCCAUUUCUUCUUCUUCUAUUUUUUUAUCGAUCACAAUUCCACGGAGCAUUGGAAGCAAUAAAUCUCACUUAACGGUGUGAUAUAUUCAUCUGAGAUGGGCAUCAAUUUUUGCUCCCCUCUCGUGGUCAUGAGCAAUCUCUUUUAGUUGCAGUGGCACGAUGCUACCAUCAUCAUUCUUUGGGGGCUCUCUCAGUUGGCCCACAAAGCCGUCUCACCUGCAGCAAAUGGAAAAAAGGAGGAGGGGAAGAGGUAGAGAAAAAAGUGAUGGUGCAAAAUUUCUUCUCGCAUCAAUCUCCUUGUCCAUUGGGACAAGAAAACAAACCGAGAGUGGGCUUCGCAGUUUUGCACUGUACGCCACCGAGAAAGUUGCAAUUUGGAUUUCAUUUGGACCGAACACCUGUGCAAGAAGAAGCUUGUUUUUUUUUCUCCUCUUGCCCGUGAUCUUGGCAUUGGAUUGUUAUUUUUUCUUGGGGCUAUGCCUCAGUGUUUUUUCCCUCUAUCGUGUGAUUUGUGUAGCCUAUUGGAGUGAUUUGCAAUGAACAUCAAUUGUGAUCUAUCUCUAUGGGUAGAACAGGAAUAAGUUUUGUGAGAGAGCUACGCGCAAGAAGCUCCACGCCUUGAAGAGCAAGUUAAGCUAAAAAAAAAAAAAAACAAGAAUAAAUUGGAUGCGAGAAGAAAGAUUGGUGGAAUGGUGAUUGUGAAGAGAGACGGAAGUGAAAAUGCAUCAGCAUCGACGCCAAAGAGGCUGAAAAGUACGAAAUUGCGAAAGAAAAGAUUCAAAGUACGCUACGUGAUGCCGUCUGCAAGGUUGUCUCUGCGUGAGGAGGACGUGGUGCGGUUGAUGUUGGAAUUCCUCAACAAUCGUGAACUGAACAUUACACAGUUGUCGCUUGAACGGGAGACGGGAGUUAUUAAUGGGCUAUACUCGGACGAUGUGCUUUUUCUGCGUCAACUCAUCCUCGAUGGGCAAUGGGACGAUGUACUGGAGUUCAUUCAGCCCCUCGAGGCACUUCAGGCAUUCGAUAUGAAGCAUUUUCAGUACACAAUUCUGCGGUACAAAUACAUUGAGUUGCUGUGCAUAAAAUCCGAAGCAGGUGGCGGUGUGGCAGCAGCUGGAGGAGCCCUCAUGGGAUCCAUUGAUGGUGCCGUUGAGGAGGUUGUGCAAGUUUUGGGGCAACUUGAGAAGCUUGCCCCGUCAAAGGAUGAAUACUCAGGGCUCUGUAUGUUGCUGCAAUUGCCACGCCUUGGGGAUCAUAUGCUCUAUCGCGAUUGGAAUCCGAGUAAAGCGAGAAUUCAGUGCUUCCGGGAGGUGUUUCCACUUGUGGAUAGAUUCUUGCCGAGUGACAAGAAGAGUAUUCAAAAUCUUGCCGCCAAAAAUGAUCGACUUGUACAGCUAGUCAUCAAGGGGGUACUCUAUGAGUCGUGCGUCAACUAUUGCCAGGCAAAAGCCACAGGGGCAACGGACACGGGGCAGGAGAUGACAUUCUCAAAACUCCUCGAUGGAUCUGUUGGGUUCAACGAUAGCGAUUUGUCGCUCUUGAGUUGGCUCCAAAGUAUUCCCAUGGAGACCUUUUCGGUGCCCUUUGAGCAGCGUACCCUCAAUGUGGAUGUUGAGCGUCUGGAACGUCCAUCAUUGGAGACAUCGUGGACGGAACAUAUGCUAAUUACACCCAUAAAACCCAAAACUUUCCCACACUCCGCAAUGCCCUUCACACGACCACGUAGUGCUGCGGAUAUCAUGACAAGGAGCCUCCUGCCGACUCUCGAGGGUAGUGGGGGUGCCUUUGGGGGGAGUGUUGGCUCAAAUGGGAAUGCAGCAGAUGCAGGACAAAUGUCACGAUCGAGCUUUGCAAGUUUCCACCUCACGGGCAUUAAGCCGAGUUCCGGGAAACACAUGACAUCCAGUGUUGAUAGACUCUUUGAGAAUGACGGAGAAGUUUUUCUAAGUAGCAACUACAAUGAUUUCCAGGGUCUCCCAUCGAUCCAGGAAGCUCCGUCAUCACAGUCAAAAUCCCCAGAACCUGGAAAAGUUGAUGGUGCUGGACGAGAUAGUCCGAAUACAGCUGCAUCAACAGCCAAAAGUUCCCGAAGAGAUUCUCUAAGUGAAAAAAUCGUGCAUCACGAUCUACAUGCACUGCCCAAUCAGCCACAACAUCCGCCGAAUGCAUCUACAGCUCUUCCUGCUCGCGUCGUGACGCCGCCUCAGGUCACGGAGAUCGUCAAGAAAACGUUACCAGACAAUGCAUCAGCUCAAGGUGGUGGCGGGGAGCUAUUUGAGAAGUUCCAGAGGCAAAAGCUAAACCGUGAGCAGGGCGGUGUCAACAACAAUGGGGACAGCACAAAAUCCACAAACAGUCAACAGAAUGGACAAGAAAGUGGUGGUGGGAUGAAGGUACCGAAUCAACUGGAGAGUCAUCAAAAUGGCAAUGGAGUUCCCAGUCAAGACAGUGAAGAUCCUCUUCAAGCGAACGAAGCUCGCCCCAAAUUUGUCGCUGUCACGAGUAUUGAGGAUGUUCAGGCUGUACGAUGUGCGGAAUUCCAUCCCAAUGGGAAGGUUUAUGCAGUCGGAUCAAAUUCAAAGACAUUCCGUAUCUGCGAGUAUCCCAUUUUAGAGAACAUUCGAGAAAGUCACACAACAUACCAGCCUCAUGUCCUUUUUAAGCGGACAAAGCACCACAAGGGCUCCAUCUACUGCAUGGCAUGGUCACCGCAGGGAGAUCUCGUGGCUACGGGCUCCAAUGAUAAGACUGUGAAGCUGAUGCACUACAAUGAGGAGCAGCAGCAGCUUGAGGGCAGCGAAGUUGAGCUCACAAUGCACGAUGGGACAGUGCGGGAUCUCUGCUUCAUCGAGGACAGCACCAAUAAAGUUAGUUUGCUCAUUAGUGGUGGAGCUGGUGAUUGCAAAAUCUACGUGACAGAUUGUGGCUCAUCGACGCCCUUCCAGGCCUACAGUGGGCACGGUGGGCAUGUAUUGUCUCUCUUCAACUGGGGUGGUGCUAUGUUUGUUUCCGGAUCGCAGGAUAAAACUGUGAGAUUCUGGGAUCUCCGGUCGAGAGGAUGUGUAAAUAUUGUGACACCAGCAACUGUUCCGGGUUCCCGGCAGGGAUCCCCAGUGGCGGCGGUAUGUGUUGACCCAUCUGGACGUUUAUUGGUGUCUGGACAUGAGGAUAGUUCGUGCGUUCUAUUUGAUAUUCGUGGAAAUCGUCCCAUUCAGUGCUUCAAGCCACAUGCAUCGGAUAUCAGAUCCAUAAGAUUCUCCCCAUCUGCAUACUAUUUGCUCACCGCUGGGUAUGACAAUAAGUUGGUGCUGACGGAUCUGCAGGGGGAUCUCACGAUGCCCCUGCCGUCGGUUGUUGUGGCGCAACAUGCGGACAAAGUGAUUUCCGGACGAUGGCAUCCUACGGAUUUCUCAUUCCUGUCCACAUCCGCCGACAAGACGGCAACACUGUGGGCAUUGCCGCCAAUCUAAAAAAAAUCAACCUCAACUCACGUGCUAAUCAGUGGCAAUGUCAGAGAACGAGAGAGAGAGGAGAGAGUUAAUCGAUUGCAAAGGUGCAUUAACAUUUAAUUACAUUUUCUUACCCCCUCGUUCCUCCCCCUUCCUCGUUAUGGCGUUUUUUUGUGUAAUUUAUUAAUUUACAGAGUUUAUAUGUUCAUUUUUUUUACAACACUUACUCAUCCUCUGUGUACAGUGGACUGGAAAAUUAUAUAUACAUUUUAUCAUCAAUCGCUCGCUAAUUUAUUAAAAAACGUACCCUUUUCCCCUUUUUUUUUAAUCAUCCUCCAUGGUAUUUUCUUGUUAUUUUUUUUUAAUCUUAUUCAUGACUAAAAGCAUUUAUGAGUCUCAAAUGACUUGUACACAGAGAUGACUAAAGAAGGUGAUGAUUUAAUAUUCUUUAUCUAACUAAAAGAUAAAAUGCAACAUUUUUUUUCUACAAAAAAGUUCUUUUUUAUAUACAAGAAUUAUUCCUAAAGAAAAUUUCCCUCUUUAAAUAAAUUAAAGUGAACAAAAAAAAA